AUGAAACUACCAUUCUCUAUUGCACUGCUCUUAUUACUUUUCUGUCAUUUCACCUUCUCUCAACAAGUCACUUCCUUUCUUUCCUUCCAUCCCUCAACUCGGCGAUUCAAUUCAUCCAUUGUAGUCCAAGGAACUGGUAAAACCUCCGUGGCAGUCACCCAAGCAGAUUUCUACAUUUCUGUUGAAGCACAAAAGACCACUGCUUCUGAAGCUCAACAAGAAGUUGGAACAUCCUCUGCACGAAUUAUGGAAACAUUACAACAAAUGGAACAUGUCUUUAAAUUGAGAACUUCUUCCAUUACAUUAUAUCCAGUGUAUGAAUAUCAUGCAAGCACGGAAAGGACACAACGCAGUGGAUUUCGUUCAUCCAAUAGCAUUGAAUUUAGUGUGAGUCGUUGGAAAGUUAUGAAUUUAGUGGCCAAUGAUACUGAAAUUGAAAAGGCAAGAGAUCGAUCGUUGCAAUUGGCUGUUCAAGAUGCCAUGACCAAUAUGAAUAGUGUGUUGAGUGCUCUCUACGAUUCUGUGUCUUUGGAACAUGUCAAGAAUCGAUUGGAAGUUACAAGCAUUAAUAUUCGAAGAGAAAGUCUCCCAAUUCCUGUGAGGUAUUCAGGAGAAGAAGAGGACGUGCACGUGAACCAUCUGCUGCUCAAUUCCUGUCGUAGGAGGCGACAUGACUGUUCGUUCGUAUGUGUCAUUACGGUUGCGAUAUUGAUGACGACAUGA